GAACCAAUCAUCUUGUCGAAAACUCAGAGAACCUGGGGACUAGGCCCUGUCUCUGUCCGCCAUGUUAGAUUCACCCCGCAGGGGAUAGCAGGAGAGCUGGCAGCGUACGGUUCUUGCAUUGGCCUCCGGCAGGCGCCCCCCGGGGGCGGAAAGCUGCCCCACAACAUGGAACCACAGGUUACACUAAAUGUGACUUUUAAAAAUGAAACUCAAAGCUUUCUAGUUUCUGACCCAGAAAAUACAACUUGGGCUGAUGUGGAAGCUAUGGUAAAAGUUUCGUUUGAUCUGAACACUAUUCAAAUAAAAUAUUUGGAUGAGGAAAAUGAAGAGGUAUCCAUCAACAGUCAAGGAGAAUAUGAAGAAGCACUUAAGAUGGCAGUUAAGCAGGGAAACCAACUGCAGAUGCAAGUCCAUGAAGGGUGCCGUGUUGGUGAAGAAGCCCCACCCCCCACUGGAACAGAAAAACGACCAGUUGCUAGGACAGGAAAGAAGCCACUUGCACAUUAUUCUUCACUGGUGAGAGUCUUGGGGUCAGACAUGAAGACCCCAGAGGAUCCUGCAACACAGCAGCUUCCACCUGCUCCACAUAAUCCAGACCAGCCUCAAGACAAGCCCCCUGACUGGUUCACAAGCUACCUAGAGACAUUCAGAGAGCAAGUGGUUAAAGAAACGGUUGAAAAGCUUGAACAGAAAUUACAUGAGAAGCUUGUCCUCCAGCAUCCAUCCUUAGGUUCGUGUCCCUCAGAAGUUUCAAUGCCUGUUUCAGAGGAAACACUGUUUUUGCCAGAAAACCAGUUCAGCUGGCAUAUUGCUUGUAGCAGCUGCCAAAGGAGUAUCGUGGGUGUGCGCUACCAGUGCAGCCUCUGCCCAUCCUACAAUAUCUGCGAAGAUUGUGAAUCGGGGCCGUAUGCCCAUGACUCCAAUCAUGUCCUGCUGAAGUUGAGGAGACCUGUUGUGGGUUCCUCUGAACCGUUUUCUCACUCGAGGUUCUCUACUCCUCGUCUUCCUGCUGCUCUGGAACAGGCCAGGCUCCAGAAGCAAGUUGAUAAGAACUUUCUUAAAGCAGAAAAGCAAAGGUUGCGGGCUGAGAAGAAACAGCGUAAAGCAGAGGUCAAGGAACUUAAAAAGCAGCUUAAACUCCACAGGAAGAUUCAUCUAUGGAAUUCGCUUCAUGGGCUGCAGAACCCCAAAUCUCCUUUGGGUCGACCCGAGAGCCUGCUGCAGUCAAACACCCCGAUGCUCCCUCUGCAACCCUGUGCCCCAGUUAUGCCAACACUCAGUGCAGCAUUUGUGGAUGAGAAUUUGCCUGAUGGGACUCACCUCCAGCCAGGAACCAAGUUUAUCAAACACUGGAGGAUGAAAAAUACAGGAAAUGUCAAGUGGAGCACAGACACAAAGCUCAAGUUCAUGUGGGGAAACCUGACUUUGGCUUCUACUGAAAAGAAGGAUGUUUUGGUUCCCUGCCUAAAGGCUGGCCAUGUGGGAGUCGUGUCUGUGGAGUUCAUUGCCCCAACCUUGGAGGGGACAUACACUUCCCAUUGGCGUCUUUCUCACAAAGGCCAGCAGUUCGGGCCUCGGGUCUGGUGCAGCAUCAUAGUGGAUCCUUUCCCCUCCACAGAGAGCCCGGAUAACAGUGAAAAGAGCAUGAUGAGCUCAAGCAGAGGUGAUGAUCUCACCUGCCAGCAAGAGGAAGCUUUUCUGGCUGAAGAAGAAAUUCUGCCUGGUGAAACAACUGAGCAGACAGAAGGGCCAGGAACCUGCAUCCUACAGAAGGCAAAGAAUGCUCCCAGCAAGAGGGAGCUCUACAUCCCAUCUGUGGAUCUUCUGACUGCCCAGGAUCUGCUGUCCUUUGAGCUACUGGAUAUAAAUAUUGUCCAAGAGUUGGAGAGAGUGCCCCACAACACUCCUGUGGAUAUGACUCCCUGCAUGUCUCCUCUGCCACAUGACAGUCCUUUAAUAGAGAAGCCAGGCUUGGGGCAGAUACAGGAAGAGAGUGAAGGGGCGGGAUUUAAAGCACUUCCUGAUUCCACAGUGUCAGUAAAGAAAAAGGCCGAGAACGUUUCUUCCAUGGAGGAACCAGAAGAUGAUUUGAGUGGGACCCAGUUCGUGUGUGAGACUGUCAUCCGAUCCCUUACGUUGGAUGCCGCCCCGGAUCACAAACCACCUUGGAGACAGAAGUCCCCGCAGAGGGCUGAAUCACAGCUGUCCGCCACAGAGGAACAGCAGCCAACUGUGCUGCCUGGGCUCUGCAAUAAGGAGUCUUCGUUGAAAUUUGCCUCACCUGAAGAGGGACCACUUGCAGACGAGAGGGAGGAGAUUGUCCAAAUUGCUGAAGAAGAGGCUGUUGUGGAGGAAGAGGAUGAGCUCAAAGAUGAAGUUCGGAGUCAGUCCUCUGCUUCUUCAGAGGACUAUAUCAUCAUCCUGCCUGAGUGCUUUGACACCAGCCGCCCCCUGGGGGACUCCAUGUACAGCUCUGCACUCUCACAGCCAGGCCUGGAGCGAGGGGCUGAAGGAGAGCCUGGGAUUGAGGCUGGGCAGGAACCAGUCGAGGCUGGGGAGAGACCCCCUGGAGGGGACAACCAGCCACAGGGGCACAACAUCAAUGACAUCCUUAUGACCUCACAGACUCUGGACACAGUGCCCCUAACCCCAGAGGUGGUGGGGCCUCCACCACAGCUGCCCAGGAGUCCUCCCAGUGCACAGCAUCAUGGUUCCCCAGGAGUGGAUUUACCAGUUACCGUACCAGAAGUUUCUUCAGUCCCUGGUCAGAUCAGAGAAGAGCUCAGAGGCUCCUCAGGACUUGUAAACAGCAGACCGAAGAGCUAUGACCACUCAAGGCACCACCACCACCAUCACGGGAAUAGCAUUGCUGGAGGACUGGUAAAGGGGGCUUUGUCUGUUGCUGCCUCUGCGUACAAGGCCUUGUUUGCUGGACCACCAGUCACUGCACAGCCAAUAGUUUCUGAAGAUCAGACAGCAGCCCUGAUGGCCCAUCUCUUUGAAAUGGGAUUCUGUGACAGGCAGUUGAACCUAAGGCUGCUGAAGAAACACAAUUACAACAUCCUGCAGGUGGUGACAGAACUCCUUCAGGUCAACAACAACGACUGGUACAGCCACCGCUACUGAGGAGUGGCCUCGUAUUAAAUAACUUUGCCUGCUGCUCAGAGAUGAUCUUGAUUCUGUUGGGGCAUGGGGUAGAGACCCUUGCUUAUUUUUUAAUCUGAUGAAUCUAUAAUAGAGCCCAUCAUUGAACUAUCCAGACAGUACCUGCCAUUGCAGUAUUUUUUGGAGCAAAUAAAAAACCAGAACUUAAAUUUUCACGGUAGACAUUAGGUGAAUUGUAGGAAGAGCAUUUUUCAGUUGAUUUGGAUAAAGCUCCUUUCUCUGUUUUAGUGCACUGAAGAGUAUAACUUAAACUUCCUAUAGAACCAUUUUUCUUUCUGCUUGUACUGAAGUUGAGUAUUUUUCUUUGCUUAACGUGGAUGUUUUUAUGGGGAUAUCUGUUGUCAGUUUUUAAAAGGAAUUAACCUUGGAAGUUGUUUUCCAGAAUUAUUCUCAUAAUUUCUCUAACCUGUCCCAAGCUUAAAUAGCUAUGUGGUAUUAAAAUGACACCUAGAACAUGAUAGGAAUUUUGUUACUCUUCCCAUUUCAAGUAGAAAAUCAUUUCUCUGCAAGUCUCGGAAAUCAGCACUGUUGUUUUCUAAAGACCCCACUGAUGCGUUGAAGUAUAUCCCGUCUCUGCACUUCUGAGUAAGGAGCGGGGAGUGUGCUAAUUAACCCACCAGCACCUGUUGAACAGUGUCUGUUGUAGCAAUUUUGCAUACAUUUGUAUUUUAUUUAAGGGAAAAAAUUUAGGUAGUGUGAAAUAUUUUGCUAAUCCUAUAAAGAAGGAAAGAAAACUCUUCUAUUAAAGGAAAAAGUAAAUUUAACAGUUACCUUUUUUCUUUAUGUCAGGGGGCAGGUCUUAUUUACAGUAGAGUGGGCAAGGGCUGUAUAGAAACAUGAGAAAACUGAACUUUAUUAUGUGAAUCUCAGUAAAAUUCAGGUGCAGGCAGAUGAGUGGGUGUGAGGCUUUGAAAUGGGAUUCAGGAAGUCCUGAAUGUCUCUUGAAUGUUUGAAAUCUGUUCAGGAGAACUCAGAACAAGAAAAAGAGGCUGUUUUACAAAACUUGGAUGGGGAGCAAACUCACAGAAAAAAGUUUUGGUUUAAUUUAACCCCAGAGUGAGUGGGGAAAGAACUUGCUUAAAAAGGUCCAAAGUCCUCACUCUGUUUAUAGAAAGGAGUCUUGGGUACAGCUGGUAAAGAGGUAACAAAAAACACUAAAGAUUUUAGUCAUAAAAAUUGCUUGCAGAAAAAGAAGAAAUCUGACACCCACCCCACCCCCCCACCCCACCCCCACCCCCCGGCCCGGCCCCAGCCCGAAGGGGGAAGGAUAAUAGUAUUGUAUAACCUGGUUGGUAUUACAAUGAAUGAUGAUGUAAUCAUUAGCCAUAAUGAUGUUUAUUUACAGUAUAACUCUUGAAUGCUAUUAAAUAGGCCAGGAUUCAGACUGCAAGCCAACCAGGCUGUUCGUUAUUUAAAACGUUUUUAUGGGGCCUUCUGGGUAGAGGCUGAGCGGCCGGUUGUGUGUAAUUAAUUGGGGUUGAUUUGGGACGGGAUCUGUCUUGACCAUCGGAGUCGUAUUGUAAGGGUCCAGUCGUCUGUCCCAUUGUACUUGUACGUAACCGCUUAAAGAAUGGUGAAAUAAACUUUGAAACUCUUA